AUGCGACAGCUUACAGAACAAGAAACGAAAACGCUUUUCGAGAAGCUGGCCAAUUAUACAGGAAACUCGUUAAAGAACCUAAUUGCGCCGCUCGACGACUCGCCCGACGCCGAUCGCUAUGUUUUCCGUCUGAAUCGCGAUAGAGUAUACUAUGUCCUACUCUCCGUCGCCAACUUAGCUACAUCGAUAUCAAGGGAUCAUCUUGGGUCACUGGGUAUCUGCUUAGGCAAGUUUAGCAAGACCGGAAAAUUCAGGUUACACAUAACAGCGCUGCCUAUCUUAGCCGAGCAUGCGCGGUACAAGCUGUGGAUCAAGCCCAAUGGCGAGAUGCCCUUCCUUUACGGCGGCAAUGUCGUCAAAGCUCAUGUCGGUCGCUGGUCUGAUGACUGCCCUAGCCACCAAGGUAUCGUCGUCUACAAUAUGUCCGAUACGCCCCUCGGCUUCGGUGUCACCGCCCGCAGUACCGUCGAGGCCCGACGCCUCGAUCCAACCGGCAUCGUAUGUUUCAGACAGGCCGACUGUGGCGAGUAUCUCCGAGACGAAGACACCCUGUUCGCGAGCUGA